GACAUGGACUCACUAUUCGACGAGCCCCGCGAUUUGCCAGUCGCUUCGCGGAAGGCACCACCUAUUCCGGGGCUGCACCUUCCAUCCAUCCGACUUCCACCCGAACUCGCCGACAAUGUCCUGCAGCAAUGCAUGGAUUCUUACUUCCGCGACAAGGACGUCAACCAGGUCAUGCUUUUUGGCCGUACAACCUCGGAGACGACCGGCAGCAUGGGCAGCGGGCUCCCGCCUUUUCUGAUCUCACUGCUGUAUGCCUUACGGGACCUGCUGCACCCGGUCGUCCCACACGAUCUCCAUACCCUCCUUUUUCCACCCCCUGAUGUACCAUCACGUGCCCGCCAGGCUAUCAUCAACCUGUACAACUCCGGCGAGGGGAUCACUCCCCAUGUUGAUUUGCUGAGGCGCUUCGAUGAUGGAAUCAUGGGGGUCAGCCUCGGGAGGAAGGGAAGCCCCGAUCAUUAUGGCUUGUUCUUGCCGCAGGACAGUCUAGUGAUACUGUCAGGGGAUGCGAGGUAUAAGUGGACGCACGGGAUCAAGAGGGACCUGGAAGAUCUAGUUGAGAGUGAGGAUGGCCAGGAGGCGCCGGAAUGGGUCAAGCGAGGAACGAGGCUGAGCAUCACCUUCAGAUGGUUGUUGCCUGGCGCAGACAUUGUCGGGGGC